AUGUGGCUUGCGGGACUAACGGUGCACGACACCUCGCUGACCCUUCGAGUCAGGAGAGUCGUCUCGCGCUCCGAAAUCACCCAAGUCCGACUCUCACGGUCAUGGACAGCCCUGGCCGUCUACGCCGUGACACUGCGCUCCCCCCAGUCAUGGGUUGACGUCUUCAGCCUCUCCCCUCCCCCCUACCCCUCCUCCUCCUCCUCUCCGUCCUCCCUCUCCGUCAAGGGCAGCAACGGCGGCAGAGGCAGGGUGUGCCAGGGCGACUCGUCAAAGUCCCUGUCCAAGACGUGCGGCUCGCAAGCUGCCUUCAGCCCGGACACGCGGCGCGUAGCUACGCUGCGCGACUGGACGACCCAGCUGGGCAGCGGCGCCGAGCUCCACUACGCGACGUCCAUCCUGAUCCGGGACACGGACAGCGGCAGGACCACGCUCGAGAUCGAGGGGAUAUGCGCCGGGGGCCCCCUAUGCUGGAGCCCGGACGGGCGGUGGAUCAUCGCUGCGACGGCGGACGGCAGUGUCGGCGGUGGUGCAGGUGCAGGCUCCGGCGGACACAGGCUUGGCGUGUGGGAUUCCCGCAGUGGCAGCCGCGCAGGCCGCGGCAUGCUGGGCCACGUCGACCGCGUGACGCACUCGGCCGUGACGACGGACCGCACCGUAGUCUCCCUCUCGCGCGACGCGUCCAUCCGCCUGACCAACCCCCUCACCGGCCGCACCGUCGCCCGUCUGGAGAUGGACGCCGGUGGCGGCGGGGCUGGCUCGGCCGCCCCCGCCGUCAUGACCGCGGCCAAUAACCUGCUGGCUGUCGGGGAGGAUGGUGAGAACGGGGGCAGUGUGACCGUCGCCGCCGUCUGGGGGGGCAGCCGUGUCGUCCUGUGGCACCCGUACGCCCCCGACGCCACGUUGACCUCCUACGCCCUCCCGUCCGUGCGCUCCGUCGAGGGCUGGCCUCUGACCAUCUCGUCGGAUGCAAAGUACCUGGUCUGUCGUACGGAGGACGGCUUCGAUGUCACCGACCUGGCUACCGGAGCGCUCCUGUGUCAGGCUGUUGUCGAGGAGGUCGUCACGGCGGCGUGCUUUUCGCCGGACUCAUCCGUCGUUCUGAUUGGGCGCAUGGACGGCGUGGUCGAGGCGUGGGACUUUGUAAGACGCGGAUCCGAUGCUGGAGUUGGCAAGAAUUGA